CAGAAUCAAAAAAUUUGGCAUUGGGUCCUCCAUCCUUUUUUGGGCCUAACGCAAGCAUUUUGAUUAUAAAUUUUAUACCUACAAAUUCUUCAAGAAUAGUACGAACAAUAACGCCGCGUUACUUGCAAACAUGACACGCCUCUGAAGUUGGUUGUAUCUCUUCACUUCUCAAUUACUCAGCACGCCUACAAAUUUAAUUCUUGAUGUUGAAAAUUGAACCGUUAAAAUUAUUAUUUUUACUAUGAAAAUGUAACUAUGGUUAUGAGAAAAGCCUGUGGUUAUAAUAAUACGUUCGAAUUAUAACCUAAAUAAAAAUACAGAUAUGACAUCGACGUGAAGAACGAUGAUUUUCGGAUGAUAUGAUUGGCCAAUGUGAUCGUUCAAAUAUGUCGGCCAAUGUACUUCGAUGGCGCAGGAAAUUCAUAAGACGCAAUUAUGUCUGAAAGAAAGGAGGACUUUGAUGUUAAUCAAGUUUUUGAAAAUCUAUUAUUCGCGGAAGAGCAAGCGCAGAAAUCUGGUUACACAGAUGGAUAUGAAAGUGGUCAAAACAGAUUAUUGAAAGGAUAUCAUCUUGGAUAUCAUAGAGCUAGUUUAGUAGCUGCUCAAUUAGGAUAUUAUUGUGGUGUUAUAGAGCAGUAUCUACAUAGUAAUAAAACUGCUAAUGAAAAGGUUAUAUCAUUGGCUAAUGAAAUUUUAGAUAAUAUUCAUCAUUUUCCUAAACAUAACGACGAUACUACAGAUAUUUUAAAGACAUUAGAAAAUAUUAAAUUCAAGUAUGUUAAAUUUUGCUCCUUAGCAAAAUUAAAUCCUGUAUAUCCUGAAGCUAACAAACUUGAAUUUUGA